AUGAACAUCGGGUUAUUUGGCACCAGAAUUCUACGGUGGAAAACUCACAUUCAAGUCAGACAUAUACAGUUUGGGUGUUAUAAUCAUAGAGAUAUUAAUAUGUCAUAUGAAAUAUACCAAAGACUGCUCUGCUUUGAGUAUAUACCCAAAGGGUAUCUUUAUGAUUAUAUCACCGGUCACAUUCAAGUCAGACAUAUACAGUUUGGGUGUUAUAAUCAUAGAGAUACUAACAUGACAUAUGAGAUAUACCAAAGAUUGCUCUGCUUUGAGUAUGUACCUAAAGGGAGUCUUCAUGAUUAUAUCACCGAUGCAUCUCGUGGACUUGAAUGGGGCAAGAGGUACCUAAUUGUUAAAGGAAUUUGUGAGGGCUUAUAUUACCUUGAACAAGAAAGCAUUAUUCACUUAGAUCUGAAACCAGCCAAUAUAUUGAUGGACAACAAUAUGUUGCCCAAAAUUGCCGACUUUGGUCUCCCAAGAUGUAAGAUGUUAUGA